GUCACAGGAGCUGGGCUUCCCAGCAAGGAUUGCUGCCCUGCAUUGUGCCAGCACCGGGAGCUCCUAGCUCGUCUCUCGUUGCUCAGGCUCACCGGGAUGGACAUAUGCGUUUGGAUUUCUCAAGGAUUCUCCCCCCUCUGACUAACAUGGAUGUCCCACCAUUCCUUGCAGUUGAAGGUUGCUCCUUGGCGCAGUGAAUGAAGAACAUGCAGGGAUUGCUAAUGGGUUUGGGAAGCGGAUCCUCCUCGCUGUUGUCUCUGUGACCAUGCCGUGAUUGUGUCUGAGGGCCAUCAGUCUAUGUUCUUUCAUUCGUACCCUGCCGGGGAAGCUGACGCUCUAUAGGGGGAAGGAGACACGAGGAUGUGCGCUGGAACCAUGAAGAUUAUUUCCCCUUCCCUAACUAAUUCAUUCUUCAGGUGCACCCUCCGAUUCGUGGCUUGCUUAUUUUGGAUUGGCUAUUCUCAAGGGACCACACAUGUUUUACGAUUUGGGGGAAUUUUUGAAAAUGUUGAGUCUGGACCUUCUGGAGCAGAAGAAUUAGCUUUCAGGUUUGCUGUGAAUACAAUUAACAGAAACCGAACAUUACUGCCAAACACAACAUUAACGUAUGAUACUCAAAAGAUAAACCUCUAUGACAGCUUUGAAGCAUCUAGAAAAGCAUGUGAACAGUUGUCUCUGGGAGUAGCAGCAAUUUUUGGACCAUCGCACAGUUCAUCAGCUAAUGCAGUACAAUCUAUUUGCAAUGCAUUAGGGGUUCCACACAUUCAGACUCGCUGGAAACAUCAGGUUUCUGAUAACAAAGACUCUUUCUAUGUCAGUUUGUACCCAGACUUUUCAUCACUCAGUCGGGCAAUCCUUGAUUUGGUGCAGUUCUUCAAAUGGAAGACGGUUACAAUCGCAUAUGAUGAUAGCACAGGCCUUAUUCGUCUACAAGAGCUAAUAAAGGCACCAUCUCGGUACAACUUAAGACUCAAAAUCCGUCAGCUGCCAAUUGACACAAAAGAUGCCAAGCCGCUACUGAAAGAGAUGAAGAGAGGCAAAGAGUUCCAUGUCAUUUUUGACUGCAGCCAUGAUAUGGCAGCAGGCAUAUUGAAACAGGCAUUAGCAAUGGGUAUGAUGACAGAAUAUUAUCAUUAUAUUUUCACAACACUGGAUCUGUUUGCUUUGGAUGUUGAACCAUACAGGUAUAGUGGUGUUAACCUGACUGGAUUCCGAAUAUUAAACAUUGAGAACAGCCAAGUGUUAUCUAUCAUCGAAAAAUGGUCAAUGGACAGGUUGCAAGCACCCCCUAAGCCAGAUUCUGGAUUGCUGGAUGGAUUCAUGACGACUGAUGCUGCUUUAAUGUAUGAUGCUGUCCAUGUGGUAUCAGUAGCUGUUCAGCAGUUUCCACAGAUGACUGUCAGCUCCUUGCAAUGUAAUCGUCAUAAACCUUGGAGGUUUGGUUCCCGCUUUAUCAGUCUCAUUAAAGAGGCUCACUGGGAAGGCCUCACAGGCAGGAUAACUUUCAACAAAACCAAUGGCUUACGGACGGAUUUUGAUUUGGAUGUGAUCAGUCUCAAGGAAGAAGGCCUUGAAAAGAUUGGAACCUGGGAUCUUACUAGUGGUCUGAAUAUGACAGAAAACCAGAAAGGAAAACCUGCAAAUAUAACAGAUUCCUUGUCAAAUCGUUCACUGAUUGUCACAACCAUUUUAGAAGAACCUUAUGUAAUGUUCAAGAAAUCUGACAAACCUUUAUACGGAAAGGCUAGAUUUGAGGGAUACUGCAUUGACUUACUUGAAAAAUUAUCUAGAAUUCUUGGCUUUGAAUAUGAAGUCAGACUAGUGGAAGAUGGCAAAUAUGGAGCCAAAGAUGAUACCACGCAACAGUGGAAUGGGAUGGUUCGUGAACUGAUGGAUCAUAAAGCUGACCUUGCAGUUGCACCUCUCGCUAUAACAUAUGUAAGAGAGCAAGUAAUUGAUUUUACCAAACCAUUCAUGACUCUUGGAAUAAGUAUCUUGUACCGAAAGCCCAAUGGUACAAACCCCGGCGUGUUCUCCUUCCUGAAUCCUCUUUCCCCUGAUAUCUGGAUGUAUAUUCUGCUGGCUUACUUGGGUGUCAGUUGUGUGCUCUUUGUCAUAGCCAGGUUUAGCCCCUAUGAAUGGUAUAAUCCGCACCCUUGCAACCCUGACUCAGAUGUGGUGGAAAACAAUUUUACCUUGCUAAAUAGUUUCUGGUUUGGCGUUGGAGCUCUCAUGCAGCAAGGUUCAGAACUCAUGCCCAAAGCCCUCUCCACAAGGAUAGUAGGAGGAAUAUGGUGGUUUUUUACACUUAUUAUCAUUUCCUCAUAUACUGCCAACUUAGCUGCAUUUCUUACAGUGGAGAGAAUGGAAUCUCCCAUUGAUUCUGCAGAUGACUUAGCAAAACAGACUAAAAUAGAAUAUGGAGCAGUUCAAGAUGGUGCAACUAUGACAUUUUUCAAGAAAUCAAGAAUCCCCACAUAUGAAAAGAUGUGGGCUUUUAUGAAUAGUAGAAGCCAGUCGGUGCUUGUCAAAAAUAAUGAAGAAGGUAUCCAGCGUGUGCUAACCUCUGAUUAUGCUUUUCUAAUGGAGUCAACAACCAUUGAAUUUGUUACACAACGCAACUGUAACCUGACACAGAUUGGAGGCCUUAUAGAUUCAAAAGGUUAUGGAGUGGGAACUCCCAUGGGUUCACCAUACAGAGAUAAGAUCACAAUAGCCAUUUUGCAGCUUCAGGAGGAAGGCGUACUCCACAUGAUGAAAGAAAAAUGGUGGAGAGGUAAUGGUUGCCCAGAAGAAGAAAGUAAAGAAGCGAGUGCCCUUGGAGUUCAGAAUAUUGGUGGAAUUUUCAUUGUUUUAGCAGCUGGAUUGGUUCUUUCUGUUUUUGUUGCUGUUGGAGAAUUUUUAUACAAGUCCAAAAAAAAUGCUCAGUUGGAAAAGAGGUCUUUCUGUAGUGCAAUGGUAGAAGAGCUGAGAAUGUCUCUUAAGUGUCAACGACGGUUAAAACAUAAACCCCAGGCUCCUGUAAUUGUGAAAACAGAGGAAGUUAUCAACAUGCACACAUUUAAUGACAGAAGAUUGCCAGGAAAAGAAACUAUGGCAUAGAGCUGGGUUUAAGACUAUCCCAAGCACAAACUGUCAGCUUUUUGUUUCUAUUUUCCAAACAACUCUGCGAGAAUGUUUCCUGUGGAAAUAUGCAACCUGUGCAAAUAAAAUGAGUUACCUCA